AUGACUUUCAAUGUUGGUAUCAUAGGCUAUGGCCUAUCCGCCAAGAUCUUUCACAUUCCGUACAUAAAGGCCACUGAGGGUCUGGAGGUCAAAGCAAUCUGUCAAAGAAGAGCCUCGGAGGGGAAUGACGCGGCAAAGGACCACCCUACUAGUACAAUAUAUAGAACGUCAGACGAGCUUCUUCAAGAUCCAACAGUCGACAUCGUGGUUCUGUGCACUCCUGUAGCAACGCAUCUGACGCUGGGCAAGCAGUGUCUGGAGGCGGGAAAGCACGUCGUUGUCGAGAAGCCGUUCUGCGCCACUGUUGCCGAAUGUGACGAACUGAUCGACUGUGCAAAGAAGCACAACAAACUGCUAACCGUUUUCCACAACAGAAGAUGGGACGCUGACUUCCAGACCGUUCUUGCGCUUCUGCAAAAGGGGACGUUGGGCCGCAUCGUCGAGUUUGAAUCCCACUUCGACAGAUGGUCCCCCACCACCAGCGUAGCAUGGAAGCUGCAGACCACGCCUGGCCAUGGGGUCGUGUACGACCUCGGGUCUCACUUGAUCGAUCAGGUCGUCUUCACCUUCGGAAUGCCGAAGAAGAUCACAGCUGUCACCUCCAAGCAGCGUAUCUACACAUCCGACGCACCAGAGGACGCCUGCACCAUCCUGAUGCAUUACGACGGCAUGCUGGCCACCAUCAAAUGCAGUGCCGUGAGCGCAGGCACUAGGCAGCUUAGGUUUUGGAUCAGGGGUGACAAGGGAAGCUACAAGAAGCACUUCGAAGAUCCGCAGGAGGUUCAGCUCCUGGGCGGCAUGGCUUUUGACGACCCCAACCUUGGUAAGGAAUCGAGUGACAGGUACGGAGUGCUCUCGCUGGCAGAGAACAACGCCAUAUCUGAGCACGUGUAUCCGACUCUGGAGCCUGGAACGUAUAAGGUCUUCUAUCAAAAGCUCGUGCAGGCUCUUAGCGAGGGUUCGCCAGUUCCCGUAGACGGCGCGGCAGCGCGCAAUGUAAUUCGGCUGAUCGAACUUGCUCGCGAGAGUGCCCGGACUGGACGAACCCUUGAAGUGUAACGUGGAUGGUCCGAGAUCAGAAUACAAAGCGUGAUCAUUAAGCUCAACCACGUGCUCGCCUCUAUCCGACUUUUCAUCUUCUUAACCUGGCUGGAUGAGGUCCAUUCUGGCCCUUUAGUCAGUGCGAAACAUGUCCGACAAUCCCGGUAUUCUGUUGUAGCACCACAUGUCCAUAGACACGACAACCUGGAGGCAAUAGUGCAAUAGUGUGGAAUAUCGUUCGGUCAGAUUAAGCAGCCGUAGUGCAGCGGAUAUGACCGUAUUCCUUUUUCUUUUUCAAGCCUUCUUGAAACGACCCGCUAAGAGCCAAGCAUCCAUGCCAGUGAUUACAAGGAGAGAUAAGGUGUCAAAUUCCGAUGAUAGAGC